AUGUCUAAUGAACCUGAUUCUAUAUGCCUGAACAGAGUUUUUAGGAAAAUAGAGAUCUCAUGUUUUUACCCUGCUGACAGGAUAUCUGUAUCUAAGAUAUGGUUAUGUAUUGUAGAAAUGAUAACUGGUGAAACACAGAGUGACCAAGGUGUUUUCAGCAUCGGUGAGGACAACCUAAGAUAUGUAUCAGCAACCUGCACAGAAAAGCCUGAGCUCUACACAGAGAAAGAUAUUCAUGAUUCUAGGACCACCAAUAAAUCACUCACUGAGGAUCUUAGCAAUGAAAUGAUAAGUGGUAAAACACAGGGUGACCAAGGUGUUUUCAGCAUCGGUGAGGACAACCUACUAUGUGUAUCAGCAACCUGCACAGAAAAGCCUGAGCUCUACACAGAGAAAGAUAUUCAUGAUUCUAGGACCACCAAUGAAUCACUCACUGAGGAUCUUAGCAAUGAAAUGAUAACUGGUGAAACACAGAGUGACCAAGGUGUUUUCAGCAUCGGUGAGGACAACCUAAGAUAUGUAUCAGCAACCUGCACAGAAAAGCCUGAGCUCUACACAGAGAAAGAUAUUCAUGAUUCUAGGACCACCAAUAAAUCACUCACUGAGGAUCUUAGCAAUGAAAUGAUAAGUGGUAAAACACAGGGUGACCAAGGUGUUUUCAGCAUCGGUGAGGACAACCUACUAUGUGUAUCAGCAACCUGCACAGAAAAGCCUGAGCUCUACACAGAGAAAUAUAUUCAUGAUUCUAGGACCACCAAUGAAUCACUCACUGAGGAUCUUAGCAAUGAAAUGAUAACUGGUGAAACACAGAGUGACCAAGGUGUUUUCAGCAUCGGUGAGGACAACCUAAGAUAUGUAUCAGCAACCUGCACAGAAAAGCCUGAGCUCUACACAGAGAAAGAUAUUCAUGAUUCUAGGACCACCAAUAAAUCACUCACUGAGGAUCUUAGCAAUGAAAUGAUAAGUGGUAAAACACAGGGUGACCAAGGUGUUUUCAGCAUCGGUGAGGACAACCUACUAUGUGUAUCAGCAACCUGCACAGAAAAGCCUGAGCUCUACACAGAGAAAGAUAUUCAUGAUUCUAGGACCACCAAUGAAUCACUCACUGAGGAUCUUAGCAAUGAAAUGAUAACUGGUGAAACACAGAGUGACCAAGGUGUUUUCAGCAUCGGUGAGGACAACCUAAGAUAUGUAUCAGCAACCUGCACAGAAAAGCCUGAGCUCUACACAGAGAAAGAUAUUCAUGAUUCUAGGACCACCAAUAAAUCACUCACUGAGGAUCUUAGCAAUGAAAUGAUAAGUGGUAAAACACAGGGUGACCAAGGUGUUUUCAGCAUCGGUGAGGACAACCUACUAUGUGUAUCAGCAACCUGCACAGAAAAGCCUGAGCUCUACACAGAGAAAUAUAUUCAUGAUUCUAGGACCACCAAUGAAUCACUCACUGAGGAUCUUAGCAAUGAAAUGAUAACUGGUGAAACACAGAGUGACCAAGGUGUUUUCAGCAUCGGUGAGGACAACCUAAGAUAUGUAUCAGCAACCUGCACAGAAAAGCCUGAGCUCUACACAGAGAAAGAUAUUCAUGAUUCUAGGACCACCAAUAAAUCACUCACUGAGGAUCUUAGCAAUGAAAUGAUAAGUGGUAAAACACAGGGUGACCAAGGUGUUUUCAGCAUCGGUGAGGACAACCUACUAUGUGUAUCAGCAACCUGCACAGAAAAGCCUGAGCUCUACACAGAGAAAUAUAUUCAUGAUUCUAGGACCACCAAUGAAUCACUCACUGAGGAUCUUAGCAAUGAAAUGAUAACUGAUGAAACACAGAGUGACCAAGGUGUUUUCAGCAUCGGUGAGGACAACCUAAGAUAUGUAUCAGCAACCUGCACAGAAAAGCCUGAGCUCUACACAGAGAAAGAUAUUCAUGAUUCUAGGACCACCAAUGAAUCACUCACUGAGGAUCUUAGCAAUGAUAUUGAGAUGUAUCCAAGUGAUGAUGAUGAUGAUGAUGAUAAGUCAUACGUUCCAGAUUCCGAAGACUAUGAUUCUAGCUCUUCAGACUCUGUUCUGUACCCAGAGAAUGAGGAAUUUGUCAAAUGUAAAAAGCCUUCAUUAAGGAGUAAAAAGAAACUUAAACUAGAGGUGUCCAAGGGGAGGAGCCAUUUUACAAAUGGUUCCAAGUCAGUAGUUCAUUCUAAGGAAAGUGUGCAGAUAAAUGAAGAAUUGCCAAGUGAAGGUCAAUCUAAGGACAGUGUUCAAAUAAAUGAAAAAGCAUCAAGUGAAGGAAUUCAUCUGCAUCUCAAAGCAUUGCCAAAGCCUGGGUGCAAGAAAAGAUAUGACAAGAUUAACUUCUGUACUUUCUGUCAUAAAGAAAUACAUUCUAAAAUAUCCAGACAUUUGCUUACCCAUAAGAAUGAACUGAAAAUAAUGGAAAUUCAGAUGCUGCCAAAAAAGUCAGAGAAGAGAGGAAUGCUGUUCCUGGAAUUGAUCAAUGAGGGAAACUAUAAACAUAACAUCGAAGUUUUGAAAAACGGUGGUCUGUUUAUAACAGCAAGACGAGAAAGUCCAGAUUCGUCAAAUCAUUCACCUGAUGAAUAUCUCCCUUGUGAGUUUUGUAAGGGUUUCUUCCUGAAGAAUUUAUUGUGGCACCAUGCAAAAAGUUGCAAAUUAGCCUCAGUUAAAAACAAAGAUGAUGAUGAGGAUGAAAAAGAGAAUGAAUGA